UAGUGCGAUGCAUUGGAUUCACCUGUAAAUCGUAACGGGUUCUAGAAGCAGCAGCCCAAACUAUUUAAAUACGACCAAAUUAUUCUUAGAAAGAACCUCGGAGAGUCGAAGGUCAAAUGAGUGAUGGUUGCUUGUGUUUUCGGGAGGAAAGGAGGGGUGAAGGUGAAGCGUCUAAACUCUACGCACUAGAUGCUACCAGAAAGAGUCGGUGAUCGUUGUUCUUGUAGGAGUCGAAGACACUCCACGUUCGGAACAUAAGCUGAAACCCACAAUGGAAUGGAGGGUUCAGUACUGAGAAACCCUACAAUCAACUUGGGGUUUUAAUAAUUCUCUGCAACGCUGGGGCGUGGAAACUCAAGAUCCAGAUACUGGAGUUGCGCCGAUUGGCUGCCUUUCGUGUCUGGAAUGGAGGUCGAUUCCCCGAUCGAGAGGAAUCCCCUUUCGCCCCAAGAUCAAAUUGUGAAGAGACUUAUUCUAUGCCGAGUUCCUGCUGAGAUACUUGGUCAACUCCAGCCAGGGUUAGUUGCUUUUGUGAAGGAGAACAAGUCGCAAUUGCCUGAGGUUGUAUCUGCAAUCUUACCUACAGAUAAAGAGGUCCUCUAUAAAGCAGAGUCUGGAGGAGUCUCACAAGGCUCAAGUUUAAAAAAUCUAUUUUGUGAAAGCCUUCUAUGGCUACAGUGGUUAAUGUUUGAGGGUGAACCACAUGUUUCCCUGAAGAAUCUAUCAAACGCAAGUUCUGGCCAGCGUGGAGUGUGUGGGGCUGUUUGGAGACAUAAUGACAUAGCAUAUCGUUGCCGAACCUGUGAGAACGACCCAACAUGUGCAAUAUGCGUUCCCUGCUUCCAGAAUGGGAAUCACAAGGACCAUGAUUAUUCUAUUAUGUAUACAGGUGGUGGGUGCUGUGAUUGUGGUGAUGUGACUGCAUGGAAGCGUGAGGGCUUCUGUUCAAAGCAUAAAGGCACAGAGCAGAUCCAAACUCUGCCAGAGAAGAUUGCGAAAUCUGUGGGGCCUGUUCUUAAUGUCCUCUUCAUUUACUGGAAAGAUAAGUUAAUCUUUGCAGAAACUUGUAGUCGGGGCAAUCGUAGAGAGGGUGAUCAUGUCAGUGGACAUGGAAAGGUUGCAAAUGAGUUGACAUUAGCGGUUGUUUCAAUGCUUCUUGAAUUUUGCAAGCAUAGUGAAAGCCUCCUCAGUUUUAUCUCAAGAGUGGUAUUCUUAUUGAUUGGUUUACUGGACAUUCUGGUGAGGGCUGAGAGGUUCUUGGGUAAAAUGGUUGUCAGGAAGCUCCAUGAAUUGCUCUUGAAAUUGCUUGGUGAUCCUAUUUUCAAGUAUGAGUUUGCCAAAGUAUAUGUAAAUUAUUAUCCAGUUGUCAUAAAAGAAGCCAUGAAAGAGUGUAGUGAUUCCAUCAUUGAGAAUUAUCCUCUGUUGAGUAUGUUCUCUGUCCAAAUUUUUACAGUAGCAACUCUAACACCACGCCUUGUGAAAGAAAUGAAUCUAUUGGGUGUACUGUUGGAAUGCUUGGGAGACAUAUUUCUUUCUUGUGCCGGAGAAGGUGGCAGUUUACAGGUCAGUAGAUGGGCAAAUUUAUACAACACAACUAUUCGUGUCAUUGAAGAUACACACUUUGUUAUGAGCGAUGUUGAAGUUCCGAAGUAUAUAACUCAUGAGCAGCCAGAUAUUGCAAGAACAUGGAUGGGGCUUUGGGCGUUUAUGCAAGGGAUGAACCCCCUGAAGAGGGUAACAGGCCUUCUUAUAGAAGAAGAGAAUGAAAAUAUGCAUUUGCCUUUUGCAUUGGGGCACUAUAUUGGAUGUAUUCAUUCUAUAUUAGUGGCGGGAGUAUUUCCUGUCAAUGUUGCUGAAGAAAUGAAAGAUGAUGCUCAUGUGGUCAUAGAUAAACAAAAUUCUGAUGACACUGACGGUCUGCGGCAUGCGAAAGUAGGAAGGGUUUCACAGGAGAGCUCUGUGUGUAGCACAACGGGAAGUAGUAGUACAAGUAAUGUGGAUUGUACUUUUGUAGAUGUUGAAGGGAAGGUGAAGGUUGAUACUGGUGGACUUUGUUCUGUUCCUUCUUCUGUGUCUUGGUUAACAUUUGAGUGCCUGAGGGCCAUUGAUAAUUGGUUGGCACUGAAUGUUACAUCUAGAGCUCCCUUGAAUUUUUUAUCUCCAGAUACUAGUAGUGGCAUUGGUAGUAGUUUCUCAUUAUUGAAGAAAACAUUGUCAAAGAUUAGAAAGGGUAAAAUUACGUCAGAGUACCGUGCUACCUCAGCUAGGAGUAGGCUAACCACCUCCAGUGAACUUCAUGGAGGGCAUGGUUCAUCAUCUUCCUUUGGUGAUGUUGGAAUGAACAUUGAUUUGGAGGAUCACAUGCUAGUAAAGGACAGUAGCGCAACAGAUCCUAGUGAAAUGGAUCUUGAAUGUGCUAGCAGCACUGUAGGUUCUGAUGAAAAUAUUCUAGAAUCAGACUGUGUUGCAGAAAUGGAAGCGUUACGUGUAUUGAGUUUGUCAGAUUGGCCUCAUAUAAUUUAUGAUGUUAGUUCACAGGAUGUAUCAGUUCAUAUUCCUUUACAUCGGUUCCUCUCAGUACUGUUACAAAAAGCAUUAAGAAGUUAUUGUGAAUCUGUAGCUACAGAGAUAAAUGACUCUAGUUCUACUACUCUACCAUCUAGACCACAUUAUGAUUUUUUUAGGCAGGUUCUUGCUGGUUGCCACCCUAAUGGAUUUUCUGCCUUCAUAAUGGAGCAUCCUCUAGGGAUAAGGGUAUUUUGUGCUCAGGUCCAUGCUGGCAUGUGGCGGAAAAAUGGGGAUGCGGCUAUAUUAAGUUGUGAGUUGUAUCGUUCAGUUCGUUGGUCAGAACAAUGUCUAGAGCUUGAUCUAUUUCUGAUGCAGUGCUGUGCUGCAUUAGCUCCGCCGGACCUAUAUGUUAAGAGAAUUAUAGAAUGUUUUGGACUAUCAGACUACCUUUCUCUGAAUUUGGAACGGCCAGAUGAGUAUGAACCAGUUUUGGUGCAGGAAAUGCUUACCCUUAUUAUACAGAUAGUCAAAGAACGACGCUUUUGUGGGUUGUCCAUAGCUGAGACCUUGCAAAGAGAGUUGGUUUAUAAACUUGCUAUUGGAGAUGCUACUCAUAGUCAGCUAGUGAAAUCUCUCCCUCCUGAUCUUUCUAAGAGUGAUCAGAUUCAGAAGAUUUUGGAUGUUAUUGCAGUGUACUCAAAUCCAUCCGGCAUGAAGCAGGGGAAGUAUUCACUGCGGAAGACAUAUUGGAAAGAAUUGGAUUUGUAUCACCCUCGGUGGAACUCAAGGGAGUUGCAAAUUGCUGAAGAAAGAUACAUGCGGUUCUGUAAUGUUUCCGCUUUGACUAAUCAGUUGCCUCGGUGGACAAAGAUUUUUUAUCCUCUACAAGGAAUUGCUAGAAUCGCAACUUCCAAGCCAGUCCUACAAAUUGUCCGUGCAGUUCUAUUCUAUGCUGUUUUCACUGAGAAAACUUCUGCAUCACGUGCUCCUGAUGGAGCAAUUCUUACAGUUUUGCACUUACUUUCACUGGCAUUAGACAUAUGCUACUUGCAGAGACAAUCUAGUGACAACUCAAGCAUGAGUACUUCAUUCCUUGAGGAAGAUUUGAUGCCGGUGCUAGCUUUUGCUGGUGAGGAGAUAGAUGUUGGAGCCACUGCAGGAAUGCAUGCAUGGAGUCAUCAAAGUAUGCUGUCACUGCUUGUUUCAUUGAUGAGGAUGCAUCAUAAAGAAAGUCUCAACAGCUUUGUUGAAGCAGGCAAUUGCAACCUCUCUUCUUUGAUUGAAGGUUUAUUAAAGAGGUUAGCCGAGCUUGAUUCUGGCUGUAUGACUGAGUUGCAAAGAAUUGCACCUGAAGUGGUGUGUCAUUUGACAAAGUCCAUUCUGGUUACUGAUUCUCGUAUCUCGGGAUCAGCUUCUGAGGCCGAGGAGCGCAAGGCAAAAGCUCGAGAGCGACAGGCUGCCAUAUUGGAAAAAAUGAGAACUGAGCAGUCAAAAUUUAUGGCAAACCUCAACUCCACAGCAACUGAUUUGUUGGAUGAUUCAAAAUCUAAACAAGUAUUUGUCCCGGAUGAUAAUCAUGUUGUAGAUCCAGCCCCAGUUAUUUGUUGUCUUUGUCGCGAUCCAGAUUCUAAGAGUCCUGUUUCUUUCUUGAUUCUUCUCCAGAAAUCUCAACUUGUGAGUUUUGUUGAGAGAGGCCCCCCAUCAUGGGAACAAGUUAAUCAGUUGGGCAAGGAAUGUCCUUCGAUCACAACAAACCAGAAUGCAGUUAAUGAGUUGGGGCAUGAUGGGCUACCUGGUGAAGUUGCCGCUAUUCUGGACUUUCUGGAGGCCCAACCUCCUGCUGUGAGGGAUAUUCAUCUGCCGAGUACAUCAACUGAUACAAAUCUCAAUACAUCUUCCUUAGAGAUGGUGGAAGAAGGAAUCUACCAGUCUAUUCAGAGAGAUUUGCGUGAUAGCAUGUUACAUACAAGUGUUCUGGAUGACAACCAAAAAUCUCCUGCUUCGUAUGUUGAUGAACAGUCAACAGGAAGCAGCAAUGCUGAAUCUGCUUUGCUCGGAAAAUAUAUAGCAUCUCUUUCAAGAGAGACUUUAGAACACCCUUUGGGUUCCAAGAUCUCUCUUUCACAUAGUGAAAAUGCAUCUUCAAAGUCCGGUAUUUGGUUUGCACCAUUUGAUGGAUUUGGUCCCACGGAUUGUGACGGAAUUCAUAUUUCUUCAUGUGGGCACGCUGUGCAUCAGGAAUGUUGUGAUCGUUAUUUAUUAUCUCUAAAGGAAAGACACAAUAGGAGAAUUGUUUUUGAAGGAGGUCACAUUGUGGAUCCAGAUCAGGGGGAGUUCCUUUGUCCAGUGUGUCGCAGACUUGCAAAUUCAGCCCUGCCUGAUUAUUCCGGUAAUAUUAGGAAACAGAGAAUGCCUGCAGACCUUUGUUCAACACUAACUUUUGGCUCUUCAAGCACGUCAAAUUCAGAAGUUACUGUGCUUUAUCUUCGCCAAGCCCUAGCUCUCCUUCAAAGUACUGCUAAUAUGGUUGGGAAGGGUGGGCUUCUGAAAGCCUUCUCUUUGCAGCGUAACAAGAGAAUGAGACAUACUCUUGAACCUGUCUUUCGUACACUUUCUAAAUUGUACUUUGCAGACACACAUGAAAAUUUUACAGCAUCAGGUAGGCUAAGCCAUUCUAUGGUUCUCUGGGAUACCCUUAGGUACUCCCUCAUAUCAACAGAAAUUGCUGCACGUGGUCGAAGAUCUUAUACGUGCAGAGGAGAUUCGAUUUCUGGUUUAUAUAAGGGGCUUGAAUCUUCCAAUGGAUUUAUUUUGUCAUUGUUGCUUCAAGUUGUCCAGAGUACGCAAAGUGAGGAUUCUGUUCAGGUGCUGCCUAGGUUUAGAGGCAUUCAACUUUUGGCAGAGUCUAUUUGUUCUGGCGUGUCUAUGGAUGAAGUUGCCUCUGGCACUGGUGGUCAAAGAGGUGAAAAACAUGUUGAAAAGAGAGUAAUAUAUCCUGACAUCCAGUUUUGGAAACGAGCUGCUGAUCCCGUCAUUGCUCAUGAUCCUUUUUCUUCACUGAUGUUGGUGCUGUUUUGUCUUCCAUGUCCAUUUCAAUCAUCCGUGGAGUCUUUCUUACCUCUUGUGCAUCUCUUCUAUAUUGUGUGUGUAAUUCAGGCUGUAAUUACAUCCCACGGGAGACGUGAACUCGAUCUCACCAAGUUACCAUUUAGUGAUUGCCCAAUUAUUGAUAUAUGCAAUAUUAUUGGAGAAUGUGUAGUUGCUCGGGAGUAUUUUGUUACCAACUAUAUUGAUUCUUCAUGCCAACCAAAAAAUAUGAUUCGUAGAUUUACUUUUCCUUAUUUACGAAGGUGUGCGUUAUUGUGGAAAUUGCUGAGUUCUUCAAUGUCAACGCCAUUUUGUGACAAAUCUCAUGUAUGGGAUAGGUCAUCCCUUCACACAGACAGUGUGAUAUGGGAAAGAACCUGUGAUUUAUCAAUGGAGCUUAAAGAAAUUGAACAGCUAGAGAACAUGUUCAAGAUUCCAUCUCUGGAUGUUGUUCUCAAGGAUGAGUUAUUGCAUUCUUUAGUAUUAAGAUGGUUUAAUCAUUUCUUCAAGGUGUUUGAGGUUCGGAGUUACGGGCGUGCUUUGCACUCUACUCUGGCAGUUCCAUUCAUGUUGAUGCAUCUACCCCAUCUUUACCAGGAUCUUUUGCAGAGGUAUAUAAAGCAACAGUGCCCUGACUGCAAAGCUGUCCAGCGUGAGCCAGUGUUAUGCUUGCUUUGUGGUAGAUUAUGCUCUCCAACUUGGAAAUCAUGCUGCAGAGAAAGCAGCUGCCAAACUCAUGCAAUGGCCUGUGGUGCUGGUAUUGGAGUGUUCCUAUUGAUCAAGAGAACCACAAUCUUGUUACAAAGAUCAGCCCGUCAGUCACCUUGGCCUUCUCCCUACUUGGAUGCCUUCGGUGAAGAGGAUACUGAAAUGCAUAGAGGGAAGCCAUUGUAUUUGAGUGAGGAACGCUAUGCUGCUCUUACUCAUAUGGUGGCAUCCCAUGGUCUUGAUCGAAGUUCUGAAGUUCUUUGUCAAACAACUAUUGACUCACUGCUGAUUUAGAUUAGAACUUAUAUUUACAGUUGUGAAGAUUGAUGUCAGAAGAAUGAAAAAUAAUCUCCAGGUGCAAAACCAUCUCUACUUGUCCAUAUGUAUUUGAAAAGCGUUUCCUUAAUUGAGGUGGGAACAUAUUGAAGUUUUGCGGUGCUUAUUGUGCAUUUCAUUCAGCUAUGAAUUCCUGCGAUGAAGUUGGAAUUGAGACAUGAAAUGGAGGGGCCGGUUUGCUAGCUUUCUGUGAUCUCAUUCAGAUAUUCAAAUUGUACAGUUUCACAUUUGUGGUGGAUACAGAACUAUUGCUGCAGUGUAGCUUAGCUACCAGUCUAUCCUGAAUAAUGUGUUCCCAGGAUGUGUAAUUAUCUAUAUAGUUCAAUUCUUAGUUGCAUUUUAAAGGUCCCCAUGAUUUAGUCUUUAGUGAGCUUUCUUGCCAUUGCUGUGUUGUUGCAAGAGUAUGCUAUGUAUGCCAUGCAAUAUGUUGGCGUUUGGGGCAUGAGCUCAUUGUUCCCAGGCCUCCAGUAUGGGCUUCCACCUUUUCUCUGUUUGAUUGGCCUUUCCAGCAAUGAGGUGAUCUAAACCAUGACAAGUAUCCUUGUUUCAACAUAUACAUUUAAACUAUAUUUGUUAUAAAAAUUGUUGCUUAUUUCCCUGA